AGAUGAUUUUGAUGAGGAAGGUUUCUGCCAGCCAUACAGAGGGAUCGCGUGUGCUCGCUUCAUAGGAAACAGGAGUAUCUUCGUGGACUCGCUGCAGAUGCAAGGCGAGAUUGAGACCCAAAUCACAGCGGCGUUCACCAUGAUUGGCACCUCCAAUCACCUGUCAGAUCGCUGCUCCCAGUUUGCUAUCCCGUCCCUGUGCCAUUUUGCCUUCCCGACAUGUGACCGCAGCUCUGGCAUGGACAAACCGCGGGACUUGUGCAAGGACGAGUGUGAGAUUCUGGAGAACGACCUGUGUAAGACAGAGUACAUCAUCGCUCGCUCCAAUCCCCUCAUCCUCAAGCGCCUCAAACUGCCCAACUGUGAAGACCUGGUUGCUUCAGACAGUCCCGAGGCUGCCAACUGUAUGAGAAUAGGCAUCCCAAUAGCUGAGACCAUAAAUAAAAGCCACAAAUGUUAUAACAACAGCGGUUCGGAUUUUCGCGGGACAGUCAGCAUGACUAAAUCUGGUCGUCAGUGUCAGCCGUGGAACUCGCAGUAUCCCCACAGCCACACCUUCCUGGCCAUGCGUUACCCAGAGCUCAACGGGGGACAUUCCUACUGUCGCAACCCCGGCAACAAGCACGACGCUCCCUGGUGCUUCACCCUAGAUGAGCGUGUGCGCAUGGAGCUCUGUGACAUUCCUCCAUGUGAUUUGCCCAAGCAUGGCAGCAGCAGUAUGGGGAUCCUGUACAUCCUGGUACCAAGCGUUGCUAUACCGCUGGCCAUUGCCCUGCUGUUCUUCUUCAUCUGUGUGUGCCGAAACAACCAGAAAGCCUCACGUCCACCAGCCCCACGUCAGCCCAAACCAGUACGCGGCCAGAACGUGGAGAUGUCCAUGCUCACGGCAUACAAACCAAAGAGCAAAGCCAAAGAACUUCCUCUGUCUGCAGUUCGCUUCAUGGAGGAGUUGGGUGAUAGCAACUUUGGUAAGAUCUACAAAGGUCACCUGUACCUGCCAGGCAUGGAGCAAGCUCAGCUAGUUGCCAUAAAAACACUGAAGGACAUCUCAAGUGCACAACAUUGGGGCGAUUUCCAGCAGGAAGCAUCUGUCCUGGCAGAACUUCAUCAUCCCAAUGUGGUUUGUCUCCUGGGUGUCGUGACCCAAGAGCAGCCCGUCUGCUUGCUCUUCGAGUUCCUAGCCCAAGGAGACCUCCACGAGUUCCUCAUCAUGCACUCUCCCCACUCAGAUGUGGGCUGCAGUAGCGACGAAGAUGGUACCGUCAAGUCCAGCCUCGAUCAUGGAGACUUCCUUCACCUGGCCAUUCAAGUCGCAGCUGGGAUGGAGUACCUCGCAAGCCACUUUUACGUCCACAAAGACCUUGCUGCAAGAAACAUUCUGGUUGGUGAGCAACUUCACAUAAAGAUCUCUGAUCUUGGCUUUUCAAGAGAAGUCUACGCUUCAGAUUAUUACAGAGUCCAACCCAAAAUGCUCGUUCCUAUUCGCUGGAUGCCACUAGAAGCCAUCAUUUACGGGAAGUACACAACAGACUCUGACAUUUGGGCGUUUGGUGUGGUUCUGUGGGAGAUCUUCAGCUUUGGCCUGCAGCCCUAUUACGGUUUCAGCAACCAGGAAGUGAUGGAAAUGGUACGGAAGAGGCAGCUGCUGCCCUGCCCAGAGGAUUGCCCUCCUCGCGUGUACGCGCUGAUGACCGAGUGCUGGCAGGAGGGACCCGCUCGACGGCCGAGAUUCAAAGACAUCCACGCCCGACUACGUGCUUGGGAGGGUCUGUCCUCUCACGCCAGCUCCAGCACACCAUCCGGAGGCAACGCCACCACCCAGACUACCUCUCUGAGUGCCAGCCCCGUCAGCAACCUCAGCAGCCCGCACUACGCCGGAUACAUCUACGGAGCUCCGCAGAGCCUCCCACCGGGACAAAUCGCGGGCUUCAUGGCAGCACCGAUGCCUCAAAACCAGCGUUUUAUACCUGUAAAUGGAUACCCUAUCCCAACAGGCUAUGCUGCCUUCCCUGCUGCCCAUUUCGCUGCAACUCAAGGCCCUCCACAGGUGGUGCAGCACUGCCCUCCUCCGAAGAGCCGGUCACCCAGCAGCGCCAGCGGCUCAACAAGCACGGGUCACGUGACCAGCGUCCCCUCCACAGGCUCCAAUCAUGACGCCAAUACGCCUUUGCUUUCUCAUUGUGUCACUCUGACGCCCAUGACAGCAUUGCCGGGCGGCACAAUGCCAGUGUUUGGACAUAUGGCACAGAAGGUCAUGCAAAUAGACCCGAGUCAGGCAGCGCUGCUAGCUGACACUAACAGACUGAUAUACAGUGAAUCCAUCAUUACUGCCAAUUUGUGAAUACAUGUUUUGUCCUGUAUAUUGAUCUAUUGAAUUAUUGAUAUUUUAAUGUUUUUUCCUUCCUUGUAAAUAUGUAAUAGCCUGAAAAAAAUGCGAAAGUUUAUAUUU